ACUUACUCAGCCUUAUACAUACAUAAUUGCAAGGCCGACGCGGCAAAUAAAAAAAAAGUUACAAAGUUAAAGAAGAUACGGAUAAGCCCCUCAGCGCAAACAAUUUCGAUUUAAUUUUUAGCAUUCAAUUUUUCGAUCGCAUACAGUUUCACCUCCCCUUUACAAUAUCCUAUAACAUCAUCCUCUUUUCUACUAACUACCUUUGUUAUAUAUAUAUUAGGUACCUAUGUUAUAUAUUUUUAAUUAAUUAACUAUUAGAAAACUAAACCACAAGUAUGGGUUGGUUUUGGGCAGACGGUCCUGAGGCCAAAGCCCAAUCGCGGUCUUUAUCGCAUCGCUCCUUUGGACCUCAAGAUGGAGGACGAACGCCUCCUCCGGGUUGUCCGAUGCAUAAACACCAGAAGUCAGCCGAUGCAUUAACUCCUCCCCCAGCUGCUUGCCCAGUAAAGCAUACACCCAAUGCUACACCCAAUGCUGUCGAACCUCCCUCGGCAUGUCCUAUACCCCACGAUGCCAGGAAAAACUGGCAAGAACAGCGCGACUCACAAUCGACGUUUUCGAAGUUAAAUCCCCUUAACUACAUGUUCCGCGACCUCUCGCAAGCACCUGCGCCCAACCAAACGCAAGCUCUCCCUACUUCUCGCGAGCCUUCGACGAUUCCCAGAGGCGAUGGGGAUGGCAAUUGGGAAUACCCGUCUCCUCAGCAGAUGUAUAACGCUCUUCUGCGCAAGGGAUACACAGACACCGAUGUUACCGCCGUGGAAAGCAUGGUGAGCGUGCACAAUUUCUUGAACGAGGGUGCGUGGGCCGAAAUUAUGGACUGGGAGAAGCGAUUCGCGGGUGGUUUAUAUAAGGGAUGGCGCCUGUGUAGUCGUGGCGAGCACAACUUUGAAAACAUGGCCAAGAAGUACGGAUACGAAAAGGAAAUCGAGAAUCUGAGCCCGAGCCUUGUCCGAUUCCAAGGGCGACCAAAGGACAUGACACCAAAGGCUACCAUGUUCCAGGUCAUGGGCUGGAUUUACCCUGCAGCGUUUGGUACCGAACCACCCUUCGAUCGACACGACUGGUACGUAUCCCGAGAUGUGGACGGUCAGCGGAAAGAAGUCCGUUACGUUAUCGACUACUACUCCGGGCCACCCGAGCCUACGGGAGAACCGGUCUUCUUCCUCGACGUUCGACCUGCUAUGACACCGACCGGAGCAGCUGAGAGGGCAUUGAGAUGGGGUUGCGACGUAUGGUGGAAGGCGAUAGGAGGCGACACUCGCGAGGAAGAAAAGUUGAAGAAGAUGAGAGGAUGACGUGGCUGCAUUCAGUUAGGUACUUGACCUAAGUGAAGACUACGACUAUAAUUGAUGUCGAUUUGGGCACGGAGUUUUUUUUGGGUUUACCUUUCGGGAUGUACUAUAAGGGGAACUGAAGGCUCGACGAUUCUUACGGCACCUGGCGAGGCAUCAUGAUUCCACAGAUUCACGAAGUAUUUUGUUUUUCUUCUGUAUUACCAUAGUUCGUAACCUCUACCAUCCCCCUCUUCGGCUAACGAACGGUAGAAGUAAUAGAUUAUGCGUCUACCUCAGGCGAUAGACAAACUCCACCAAAUGAAUUAGUUGACUGUAUACCCGUUUUCGAUUGAUAUAGCUGGAAGUUUAUAGAAUUAAAAGUAGCCCGGAAAAUGGCAAAAUCUCCUGACUAUUCUCUUUUAGUAAUGCCGUCAUGUUGCCAAAACGUCGCCG